CGCGGCUUGUUAGCUAGCAGGCGAGGCGGGGGAUUGUGAACAGACCGAAAAGCUUUGGAGAUCCGCUAAAGGACUAAACGGAGCUCGGAACUGUCCACAUUCAUUUAGGAAGAAACGCUUCCUCUACAAUCCCCAUUCAGACCCGUAAAGAGACGCCAUUUGAGUUCUUUAAGCCCAGCAAUUCCCUGGUCAGACAUGAAGAGCCCUGCAGGCCUGGAACGCUGAGCAGCUGAGGUCGGCAUUAAAAACACUUGUCCUGACAGCCAUGGCUGAUAGAGAUGGGCUUCCUAUUGCUCCGGGUCAAGUCUAUGUUGAGGUGGAAUAUGACUAUGAGUACAAGGCGAAAGACAAGAUGGUCACCAUCCGGCAGGGGGAGUGCUAUAUGCUAGUGAAGAAAACCAACGAGGACUGGUGGCAGGUGAGGAAGGAUGAGGGCACAAAGGCUUUCUACGUGCCAGCCCAGUAUGUCAGAGAGGUGCGGCGAGCCCUGAUGCCCCCUCUGAAGCCCAACUUGAGGGCCAAGCCUACUGUUCUUGAUAUCUGCAUGGCAUCAAAUGAAAACCUUAACCGGCCACAGCCUGAAAUGUCCAGCUUUGGGCGUCCGUCGCCUUCCUCUACGCCAUCACCUUCCUCAGACCGUGUCACACCGCCGGCUCUGCCCAAGGAUGCUAACCAGAAUUUGGGAAGUCCCCAUCAUUGCAGGGUGGUGGCCGAACUGGUGCUUCUUCAUAACAACAACAAUUCAACUCUGCCACGGACCCGAGCUGACUCGCCGCCGCUCAAAGAGGAGAACAACCACAACAGAAGUCCAGACAGUGACAAGAGCUCCCCACAAUGUGACCUACCAGGAAAUGGCCUUAGCAAGCUCCGCAACGACUCGGAGUCGGGCGAUGAGCUCAGCAGCAGUUCAACAGAACACAUGCAGACUACAUCGCCUGCGGGUCAGGGCAGAUCGGACUCUCCUGUCUACACCAACCUCCAGGAGCUUAAGAUCUCUCAGUCCAGUCUGCCGCCCGUCCCCUCGGGCUCACCUCUUCACAUCCUCGGCGACUGGGAGACCCACAAAGACUUGAGUGGCAGACAUUUCUACUAUAACCGGACCACGGGGGAGCGCACGUGGAAACCGCCACGCACCCGGGACACCAGCGGCAGCACUAACAGCUUCCGAGGAGAAAGCCAAGGCAUGGCAGAGAGUGAGCUGCUCUCUUCUGAAGAAAACUGCCACAGCACCUAUUCCAGCCAGUCUGACAGCCAGUACGGGUCGCCCCCAAGAGGCUGGUCUGAGGAACUUGAUGAGCAUGGACACAUCCUUUACGUCUCGGAAUACACACAAGAGAAGUGGAUAAAGCACAUUGAUGAGCAAGGCCGACCUUAUUACUACAAUGCUGACGGAUCCAGGUCUGAAUGGGAAUUACCUAAGUACAACAUCUCCCCUCAGUCUGGUGAGGCCCCCAAGAGUCGGAGCCUGGAGAGGAAGCAGCCGGACCCCAUCAUCCUCACUAAGUGGAGACACAGCACAUAUGUUCUUGAUCUCAACGACAAGGAGUGUGCUCCGGCGCCCAAGCAGAGCUCUCCCGACUCUGACUCCUGCCCAUCAUCUCCUAAGCACCCCUCAACUCCAUCAGAGAAGUGUGGGGUCCUAAAUGUCACCAAAAUCACAGAGAAUGGGAAAAAAGUCAGGAAGAACUGGGCAUCUUCAUGGACGGUGUUACAGGGCUCCUCGCUCCUCUUUGCAAAAGGUCAAGGAGGAAGCACUAGCUGGUCUUAUUACCGCAAUGGCUCCAUCCCCGAGCUGCUCCUCACUCUUCUUAGCAACUGGAAGCAUUCAGUCAAGCCCCGUCCUGCUGUCUCCUAUAAGUUUGGCAGCAACCAAUCGAAGCCAGAGUUCACUGUUGACUUGCGCGGGGGUUCGGUGGAAUGGGCUUCCAAGGACAAGUCCAGCAAGAAGCACGUCAUUGAGUUGAAGACACGUCAGGGGACUGAACUGUUGAUCCAGUCUGAAAUUGACAGUGUCAUCAACGACUGGUACCGGGCCCUAACUGAGACCAUUAACACACAUGCAUGGGAGUCGGAUGAGGCCAUUGAAGAGGAUAUGCCAGAAUCUCCAGGAGCUGAGAAACAGGACAAAGAGAAAGAUCAGCGAGACUCUAAGAAGAACAGAGUUGUGAUGAAGACGUCUGUCAGUAUGGACUCAUCAGACCAGAAAAAAACUCGGCUGAAGCUCAAGAAGUUCUUAACACGUCGACCUACCUACCAGGCGGUCAGAGACAAAGGCUACAUCAAAGAUCAAGUUUUUGGCUGCAGUCUAAGCAGCCUCUGCCAGCGGGAGAACACAUCUGUGCCCAAAUUUGUCAAAAUGUGUAUUGACCAUGUGGAGAACACGGGUCUCAGUAUCGAUGGCUUGUAUCGAGUAAGUGGGAACUUGGCAGUGAUACAGAAGCUACGCUUUGCUGUGAACCACGAUGAGAUGGUGGAGCUGGAUGACAGCAAGUGGGAGGACAUCCAUGUCACGACAGGAGCACUCAAGAUGUUAUUCAGGGAACUUCCGGAACCUCUCUUCACUUACGGAUCCUUCAAUGACUUUGUUAAUGCAAUUAAAUGUUCUGACUACAAGCAGAGAGUAAACUCAAUCAAAGACCUGAUCAAGAAGUUGCCAAAACCUAACCACGACACAAUGCAAGUCCUCUUCAAACACCUGCGCAGGGUGAUAGACCACGGCGAAGCCAACCGCAUGACCACGCAGAGCGUGGCCAUUGUUUUCGGACCCACGCUCCUCCGGCCCGAGACGGAGACGGGCAACAUCGCGGUCCACAUGGUCUACCAGAACCAGAUAGUGGAGCUCAUAUUGCUCGAGUAUGAAAGCAUCUUUGGCAGGUAGACAGAAAGGGGCUCCACACUUUUUGCCCUUUUUAUUUUUUUGUUCCUGUGGACCUGGCAGCUGGAAAAUCCAACAACUCAUUGACAUGAACGUUUACACAAGCACGACAAGGCAUUGCACUUACCAGUUGUGGAGGUGAAUAGAAUUUCAAGGGCAACAGCUCCCUCACCUUUCCGUUCCGCUGCGGUUCCUUUGCAGACGGACAACCUUUCAGAUGACCUCUCUUGUGAUUUGGUGAAUUUGGAGUAUUCAGGUUUUUUUUUUGUUUUUGGUGCCGCAGUCACUGAAUCCUGUAAAACCUCCUUGUGUAGGGGAGCGUUUAUGGAUGCUGCUCCGGUGGCGUUGAAAGGCAGACGGAAACCUCGUGAUGUUGCCUGAACUGUGUUGGUCUUCUGUGUCGUGGCGCUUCGUCUGUGACGCCGGUAAUGCCAUAAUCAGUGUUGUUGAUAGGCUGAUGUUUUGUUGUUGUUGUUGUUUCUGUUUUUUUGCACUUGGCUGAACUGGAGCAGUGUUUCACAUUGUGCCCCCAUUAAACCUCACCCUCACCCUCGCCCUUUAAGUGUUAACCCGAUGGAGGAAUCAAAAACAGUGUUUGUUCAUGGGAGUGAAUUAAAACCUGCACAGCAGCAUCUUUCGUCUUGCCACUUUGUACAGAAAUGUCGUGUCAACGUGCUUCGGUGACGUCUGCGCGGUAUGUGCUCUUUUGAACUCAAAUGUGUGUCAGUUUGGUUUGUCCUGUGGCAGGAUGCAUCGCCGAGGUCCUGCGGUCGCUUUUAAAACCACCGUGAGUUGUGCGAUGUUGUGUUGUGUUCUGCGGUGAUAAGCCUCCGCUUAGCUAAUGUUGAAGUAUUCCGGGGGGUGUUGGUUGGAUGCGUUACCAAGAGUGCUUCAUGGCCUGUAUGGAAGCCUUUUAAGAUAUUUCAGAGCUCAUUGACUCUGACGGAAGCUAGUUGUUACAAAGGGUUCUAGUGACUGAAGUUUGUGUGUAUAGCUGAUUUUCCAGGUUGUACAUUUGAAUUAAAAGAUGGCAAAAUGCAGAUUGUGGAAAAAAAGAGAGAAAAAAAAAAAGAGACUGCUCCUUCUGUUCCUGCAGUGUUUACCGUGUGAUCAGCUGCACAUUUGAAUGUAAUUUUUCAGGCUAACUGCUGUUUGUGAAAUUGCUCUGUCUAAUAAAAAAAAGACAAACAAAA